AUGGCUGAAGCAUACUGUCAGGUGUUCAUGGACGACGCUCUUGGUGGGCCCAUGGUAGAGGAAUACUCUGGCACAGCGUCACAGCCCUACUGCCAGCUGGCGCAAUCGACUCUUCAGAGACAUUUUGGAGUGUCCCUUCCCUCUGACUCUUUGAGGCAAGUCUUCCAGAAGGUCGGCUUGGCCAGUGGGUAUACCUACAAAACGGAGGUGAAGGCCUUCACGGCAAAGGGCGAAGGCACUGCGGCUGCCAUUGAAGUGGCACCCUGCAACGAGCCAGGUGCGGUUGGGAACCUUCGCGUUCUGCAGCGGUCAGGCACCCUGGUCCAACUCGGCUGGGAGCCUCCCACGGAGACGGGAGCAUGCCCGAUUCUGGGAUACAUUGUCUUGGCCGGCACCUCCGUGGCGACCAUGGCCAAGGUGGGUUCGACCACCUCCGUGCUGCAGACCACCUUCAACUACGUGCCUUCCGCGGCGGACGUGGCUCUCGUCUUCCGGGUCAUCGCCGACAACUUCAAGACCCAGGUCUCUGCUUCCUUCACCGGUGCCAGCUCCGACAUCUCGGUGAUUGCAGCGGCCUCGCCAGCGGCACCCACGAAUCUGGUGCGCACGGGCGGCUCGCACAGCACCGUGGCGCUGUCUUGGACGGCUCCGACCGACGACGGAGGGUCCCCGAUCACCAAGUACUACGUCAGGAGGAACGACGGGACCUUUUUCCUGAAUUUCUUCGCCUCCUUCUCUUACCACGUCAUGGCAGUUCUGUUGGUGCUCUAUGCCACCGACGAGUUCGGCUUCAGCGACAAGGAAGCUGGAACCUUGUACGGCUGGUGGGGCAUCCUGUCCUCCUUGUGGACGGGCCUUGGAGGGAUGUUCGCAAUUGAUGCGGUCGGCUCGAAGAGAAUGGCAGUCUUUGCCACGGUGGCCAUGUUCGUGACCCGAGCGAUGCUGGUGCUGGCAGAAAGCCCGGACACCUUCCAGUUGGCUCUACUCGUCUUUUCGCCGGUGGCGGAGGGCCUGCUGCUCCCGGUGUUUUUGGUGGCCCUGAAGAGGCUCACCAGUGAGGAGGAACGGCCAAUGGCCUUCAGCCUCAAUUAUGCUAUGCACAACGCAGGCGGCGGCAUCGCUGAUCUAGUCAUCGAUGCCUUCCGGUCCUGGCAGCAUUUUGAUCCUUCUGGCUUUUCGGCCCUGUUUGGCCGCUUUUCCACACCGACACGGGCUUGCUUCCUGCUCUCCGAGGGCGCCUUGUUGGCUAGCUGCUUCUUGGCCUGCCUCCUACCAGCCGAGCUGGCGCCGCCUUUGUCCUGCUGCAGAAGCCAUCAGAAGUUCCAGGACGAGGAUGAAGCAGGCUCCCCUCGCACCGUCGUGGGCACCGGAGGUGCCGGCGCCUCUCCGCUGCGCGUGGCUUGGACGCACUCCGUGAGCCUGCUGAGCGAUCGCGGUUUGUGGUUCAUCGCGGCGUGUUCGACGGCUUUGGUGGGCGUGAAGGCGCAAUGGCACCACAUGAACGCUACGAUGCCCAAGUACUUGGUCAGAGAGCUGGGCGAAGAUGUGCCCUGGGGAUCUGUGAACAGCAUCAACUACUGGAUGUGUGCGCUUCUGCCGCCCCUCAUUACCGUGGCCACGGCCAAGUGGAGGAACUUUUCUGCCAUCCUCUUCGGCAGUGUCGUGAUGUCUCUGUCCCCGGCUUUCAUGAUCUUCGAGGUCUCCGUGCGUGCCACCUGCGCCUGGCUGGUUACGAUGAGCAUCGGGGAGGUGAUCUGGAGCCCCCGCUUCAACACGUUCUCCGCCAACCUCUCCCCAGAUGGCAAAGAGGGUGCCUUCAUGGUCCUCGCUUUUACUCCGCAGUUCCUGGCCGCCCUGCCCACGGGUUGGCUCUCGGGCGUUCUGCUGGCAAACUAUUGCCCGGACUGCCCGAGCUGUCGAGAGCCUGGGACGGGAGCCUUCUGCCGCUACGACUGCAAGGCUUCGGGCGCUCCGGUGCCUUGCAACGGGACUGGCACUGGGCCAGAUGCCCUCUCCUGCUCCUCGCACAGAACCCUGUGCGCCGCCGCCGCGCAGUCGGGAAGCUGCCCAAGCAGUUGCCGGGAGUGCACUGGCUGGCCGGAGCGGGCGGAUGGACCCACCUUGUGGAUCUGGGUCACCUUGGCCUCGAUCCUUGGGCCGAUGCUCCUCCUUCUGCUGAAGACCAUGUCUCUAGAUAUCUCUGCCUCCGCCAAAGAGCGCAUCUAUGCCGCAGCGGAGCGCGAGGGCGAUGCCAGCGAUGGCGAGGAGUUGGCGACCAAGCCGUCGGCCACAGUCCUAGGGGCAGUGAGCCCCGAAAGCGAAGCUUACCUGACGCCAAGCCCUGGGGUGGGUGGCACCACUUACGUGGAUGCCACAAAUGGAGCCGAGCCGACCAGCACCACCUUCACCGUCACCGGCUUGACACUGGGCUACUACUACCUCAUCCAGGUAGCGGCUGCAAACCGAGCCCUGGACACGAACGCCCUGACGGACCUGGUGCCCAACUAUGUAGAGGCCGGCUUCUACGCCGCGGCGGCUCCGGAUCCACCGGGCGCUCCGACCGUGGUGGCCUCCACGCGCACGAACACCGGGCUGCAGGUCUCCUGGACCGCGCCUGUCAGCUCGGGUGGUAUUCCAGUGCUUGGAUACAAGCUUUACAGGGACAAUGGUGCCAACGACCCCAUCGACAUUUUGCUGUGGAACGGCUAUGGCCAACCCGACGUUCUGUCCUUCACCGUCACGGGACUAUCAGGCGGCCUGCUGUACCGCUUCGCUGCCACGGCUCUAAACUCCGCCGGCGAAUCGCUGCAGUCAGACAUCACCGUGGUGGCCGGUGGCACCGAACCUUCCCAGAUGAAUGCUCUGGUGCGCGAUGCCAGCGUGAAUCGCACUUCUACGUCCGUCGCUCUGUCCUGGACUGCUCCCACAAACAACGGAGGCUCUCCUGUGACAGGAUACAUCGUGUCCUUCGACGACGGUGAUUACACUGACUUCGCAAGCAACAGGACCUACAGCAGCAUCGCGUUCUCAGACACCAUUGAUGGGCUGCCAGAGGGCAAGUUCAUCCGCUUCGUUGUCUAUGCGGAAAAUGCCAUUGGCCUCUCAGAGGCAAGCCCAGUCUACCGGACGCAGGUCUGCGCGCUGCCGGAUCCCGUGGACAGCCUCACCGCCUCGGAUCACACGGAGAACUCUGUGAAGCUGACCUGGGUGCCGCCCUCCAACACAGGUUGCACCGGCUCCCUGAUUACGGGCUACAAGGUCUACAUGCGACAGGGUGCCAACCCUUACUCCCUGGUCCACGACGGCGGGCCGGCGGUCCUCACCCACUUGCAGCAGGGACUCGCUGCAGGGCUGACGUAUGGCUUCAUGGCGAGGAGUGGCAAAGCCAACUAUGGAAACUGUGCGGGGGGCUACAAGCUGGACACGAAGCGAUGCCUCAACGGCAAGCCAGUUUACAUCAACGAAGAGCAGGGGAGAUUCUUGGGCAAGACCGCAGGGGGUCAUUGGGUCAUUGGGUCGCUCUCUGAGCUCGACUCUUUCCUCGCGCAGGAUGCGAAGAACUUUGGGGGCUUUCACUCGGCCUCGUCUAGCGACCCGGAAGAUGGUACCUGGGAGAAUUACGAGGUCUCUCGCGUGGAAGGCUUCGAGUUCGUGGCGAAGCAGGGCCAGCCGGACUACGGCGAAUGUGCCGGAACGUACCAUCAGACGGACGCCUCGCUGAACGGGCGGCCGGUGUACCUGAACCGCGAGAAGAAGCGGCUGCUUGGGGCCACGAAGAACGGCUGGGCCAUCACGGGCUUGGAGUACUUAGAGGACUUCCUGCGCACGCAGCCCGGCUCCUUCGGAGGCUUCCACGGAUCCCAGGCCUCGGAGCCGGAGGAGGGCUGGAAGAACUACGACGUCCAGCGGCUUUUGCCCAAGAAACCCGAGGAGCCCUGGGAGAAGCUGCCCAGCUCCAGCGUGACCUUCAAGGCCGUGGCCAACUCCGGCAUCUGCCGCUCCGAGGCCGAUUUCGCCGCAAACCGCCGGCGUUGCCUGGACAGCGACUGCGGCGGCUUCGCCUGGAGGAAGCCGCAUUUCAAUCAAUUCGGCGAGGAGGAUGACCCGCCCGUGUGCUUCUUCUUCCGACGAACGCAGGCAGAGCUCCGUGGUGCCCUGAAGAAGGACGAGGCCUUUGACUUCUACUUGGCUCCCGAGAGCUUCCAGCCGGACUGCGCCUUUAAGCCUGGGAGGGAUCCCGCUCCCGCCUGCCACACCCGCUGGCUCAGCGAGCCUGGGAAGGUCCACGCCUUUGCCUGCCAGGUUCGGGUGCCGGAGCCCGCGGAAUGCACCUACUACUGCGCCUGCGGCUUCCAGAGCGGCUACUGUGGCAUCCAGCAGCUCGAGGGCCAGAGGCAGAUGAUCCUCUUCUCCCUUUGGAACCACCAAAAAACCGGGGAGCGCGUGGAGAACCUCGUCACGGCCCCAGGCGUGGAUGCCAAGCCCUUCGGUGGGGAAGGCAUGGGCAUGGGCGCCUACUGCGACAAGGGCCCUCUGGCAACCUGGCAUGCCGGAGAGGCCUACCUCUUCGUGAUCCGGUCCAGGGCCGUGGAGUCGGGAUCGGAGGUGAGCUGCCACCUCCACAAGCCGCAGGAGGGCUGGGUGGAGUUUGCAAGGCACCUUCGACCGGAGCCCGAAGAGGAUCGAGGGAAGCUCUGGGGUCUUUACAGUUUCAUCGAGGACUUCACCGGCAACUCCGUGCGCCGCUCGGCGCAGUAUGCCGCCUGGGUGCAGGUGGAACCUGGAGCAGAAUGGCAGGCCGUUGCCAGCAUUCAAGGCACCAGCUCUGCCGACCUCGACGUUCCCAACAAGUGCGUCCGGUUGAUGGAGUGUGGCAGUGAAGGAUGCGAGGUCGUCUGCAUGGAGAGCGGUGGCGAUGCCCUGACAGACUGCGGCCUUUGCUCUGGAUCCUGGCGCGCCCCGCCCCUUCCCAAAGCACUCUCCGAGCUCUCGGACGCUUGA